AUGAACCAAAAUGAAAAAGAAUUAGUAAAUAUUUUAUUAUUAGGGUUUGAUAUUUCAAAAUGGAAACCAAAUGAUAUUGAGUGGAAAGAAAUUAAUGAUUUUAUAAAUGAUCCUAUUGAAAGUAAUAGAAUUAGUAAUUUCAAAAGACCAAAUAAAGAUGGAAGUUGGUUAAUUGGUAAAGACAAUGAUAGUGCAAAAUCAUCGAUUAUCGGUAGAAGAUUAAUGAUUGAAUUAGUUAAUAAAAUGUUAUCAUUAGAUUAUAAUUCAAUAAAAUUUAAAAGAACACAAUCAAACAAACCAUAUCUAUCAACAACAACAACAAUUUCUAAUAAAUUCUCAUUUAAUAUUUCACAUGACUCAAAUUGGGUGAUUGGAAUUGGUUCAUUAAUAUCUGAUUCAAUUGGAAUUGAUAUUAUGGAUUGCAAAAUACCACGUAAUCAAAAAAUGAGUGAAUUCUUUGAUACAAUGUCAUCAUGUUUUACAGAUAAUGAAUGGAAAAUAAUUAAUCAAGGUAAAGAUGAUCAAAGUAAAAUUGAUUUAUUUUUCAUUCAUUGGUGUUUAAAAGAAAGUUAUAUAAAAGCUGAUGGUAAAGGUUUAAACAUUGAAUUGAAAAGUUUUGAAUUUAUAAUUGAUCAAACAAAUCAAACUGCUCAAAUAUUUAUAUUAAAUGAUAAAAAGAACAAAUCAAUUUUAAACAAUUACCAAUUCACUUAUUUUAAACCUUUUAAAAAUGAUAAAGAUAAUAAUAAUAACUCUUUUGUAAUUGCAAUUUGUUUAGAUUUAACUAAUCAUAAUCAUAAUAAUAAUAAUAAUAAUGCUUUAACAAAUAAUAUAAUAACAAAAGAUAAUUUAUCAAUUCAAAUACUGGAAUCAGAUUUUAAAAUAAAGUAA